CAUAAUUACAUCCACCCAUCCUCCCUUACCUAAUCCAGACAAGCUUUGUCUCAUCACUCGGCUCGAGGUGCUGCUUCUGUGAACUUCAGUCCUCUGUCCUCUGUGUGGCUCGUGCGCGUCCGUCGAGAGAACCAACUCUGAACCCUUUUCGCCUGUUAUUAGGAGAGAAAAAACAACAGUAACCAUGGAAGCCAUCAAGAAGAAAAUGCAAAUGUUGAAACUGGAUAAGGAGAAUGCUAUUGAUCGGGCAGAGCAAGCAGAAGGAGACAAAAAGGGGGCAGAGGACAAAUGCAAACAGCUGGAAGAAGAGUUGCUGGCCCUGCAGAAGAAGCUGAAGGGAGUGGAGGAUGAGUUGGAUAAAUACUCAGAGUCACUGAAGGAUGCCCAGGAGAAGCUGGAGCAGGCUGAGAAGAAGGCCACAGACGCAGAGGCAGAGGUGGCUUCCCUAAACAGACGUAUCCAGCUGGUAGAGGAGGAGUUGGACAGGGCCCAGGAGAGACUGGCCACUGCGCUGCAGAAGCUGGAGGAGGCCGAGAAGGCUGCAGACGAGAGCGAGAGAGGAAUGAAGGUGAUAGAGAACAGGGCGUCAAAGGACGAGGAGAAGAUGGAGAUCCAGGAGAUGCAGCUAAAAGAGGCCAAGCACAUUGCUGAGGAGGCCGACAGGAAGUACGAGGAGGUGGCCCGUAAGCUGGUGAUCCUUGAGGGUGACCUUGAGCGCUCUGAGGAGCGGGCUGAGGUGGCUGAGGCUCGAGUCAGGGAGCUGGAGGAAGAGCUUAGACUCAUGGACCAGAAUUUGAAGUCCAUGAUGUGCGGAGAGGAUGAGUACUCACAAAAGGAGGACAAAUAUGAAGAGGAAAUCAAAGUUCUUACCGACAAGCUUAAAGAGGCUGAGACCCGUGCUGAGUUUGCAGAGAGGUCUGUGGCUAAGCUGGAGAAAACCAUUGAUGAUUUGGAAGAGAAACUGGCUACGGCUAAAGAAGAGAACCUAGACAUGCACCAAACGCUGGACCAAACCCUCCUGGAGCUCAACAAUCUAUAAAGAGAGCUCUGUCUGUCUGGGCCCAUGAACGAGAGGCCUAAAACAAAGGCGAAAAGAAAAAAACACAAAGCUUUCAUAAUGUUCAUUGAUACACACUUGACCAAAUCCUUUAGUUGACUUGCCCCUUUGGGAACAGGACAGUCUUCACUUGGCUUUAAUAGUAGUAAAGGCUUACAAACAAGGCAUUCCGUUUAGUUAAUGAGGGUCUCUUGCACACAUGCUAGUUAAUGGCAAACGCAUGCUGGCUACAGAAGUUAACAUGGUUCAGUAUAACAGCAGAACAGCAUAGAGUUGAAUGCUAUCGAGGUUGCUGUUUGUAUUUCGCAUGUGAUUCAAGUCUUAAAGUUGACAUCUCUUUUCUAAUCUGACCUCUGAGGCCUCCUUGAAGUGAAAUUGCAUUUGCUUUACUCUUUAAGCUCUGUUACCUCAAACUCUUAUUUUUUUUAAUCCAAAAUAUAAAGUUUUUGUAAACCUUCAAAACAAAUGGUAAACAUAUUCUUUACUUACUGUUUGGUAAGAUGUGCCACUCAUUGUUUUAAUUAAUAGAGUAUAGUAUUUGAGUAGAUCUGACCCAAACAGGAAAAAAGACUAGCUUUCACAUUUUAAUAUUUGGACUAUUUAGGAUAAAUACGUUUUUGUUAAAUAUACAUCUAGGUUAGUUUAUAUGUUUCAAAAUUACUAGCAAAUGUAUCAUAUGUAAUACAAACUAAAUACAAUGGGGACAUUUAAUUUCGACACAGGAUUCUUUUGACAAAGUUUUUGAAUUUUCAAAAUUGUUGUAGUGACCUUUUGGGGGUUUGGAAAGUAGUCUAAUAUUAGAGAUUUUGGUAUUCUAAUCAUGAUGAUGUGGUACCUCAUGAAUUCUAAUCAUGAUGAUGUGGUACCUCAUGUAUUCUAAUCAUGAUGUGGUACCUCAUGUAUUCUAAUCAUGAUGAUGUGGUACCUCAUGUAUUCUAAUCAUGAUGAUGUGGUACCUCAUGUAUUCUAAUCAUGAUGAUGUGGUACCUCAUGUAUUCUAAUCAUGAUGAUGUGGUACCUCAUGUAUUCUAAUCAUGAUGAUGUGGUACCUCAUGUAUUCUAAUCAUGAUGAUGUGGUACCUCAUGAAUUCUAAUCAUGAUGAUGUGGUACCUCAUGUAUUCUAAUCAUGAUGAUGUGGUACCUCAUGUAUUCUAAUCAUGAUGAUGUGGUACCUCAUGAAUUCUAAUCAUGAUGAUGUGGUACCUCAUGAAUUCUAAUCAUGAUGAUGUGGUACCUCAUGUAUUCUAAUCAUGAUGAUGUGGUACCUCAUGUAUUCUAAUCAUUUGCCCUUUUUUUUUUCCCUU